AUGAAAAGAACGACGCGAGAACUUACUGAUGAAGAAAAGCGAAAGCUAGGAGUUCCAGAUGAACCGCUGAAAAAUACAGGACAAUCUACUGGAAUGAAAAGUUCAAUGCCUUCUCAGGUUCUCAUAGAAGAAAAUAUUUUUAUUGUUAAAUUUCAGUCAACUACUUUGAGGGAGCUUACGACUGAAGAAAAACUUGCAUUUGGUAUUUGCGAUGAACUCCUUUUUCCACCAACAGGUUUUGGUGUUUACAGUAUGGUCAGAUGAGAUAAAAUAGCUGAUUUUGAGGGAGAUAUAUUUUAAUCGCUACUUGCGCACGGCUCUUCUUCAAAAUAGGCAUUGAGUAAUAUGACGUAAAAAGUUUGGAAGACUCAGGUCUUUUAAGCGAUAAGUUAUUCAGCUCCAAAUAAAGAAAUUAUCUAUCAAAAACAAUGAAAAAAAAUAUAUCUACGCAUAAUGUUUUGGUUAAACGAGAAUAAAUUUCUGAAUGUCCUAGUGAGUCCUUGGCAAUGAAUAUAUAAAAAAUUGUAUUGAGAUCUGCAGAUUCACCGGACUUUCGUCAUGUAUUGGGGGAAGGAAAAAGGAUUUUCCGCACUUCCAGGGUCAGUUUUCCUCCAAUGAGUUAUGGAAAAAGCUCAAUAAAAUCAUAUUUUUCAUAAGCUAUGGUCUCAGGGAAAAAAUAAUGAAACCCGAUUUGAAAAAAAAUUGUACAGAAAAAUACGAGAGUGGAAGAAGCGGAGCUGACAGAAAAGGACGUCGAAAUGUAUCACCAAAACUUUAAACUUUUCAAAAGCUUGGAAGAAAAGGUUUUUUGUUUUAUUUAUUAAAAAAUUUUCUACAUUUUUUUACGUGUUAGCGUGAUGAAAACGACCGAUACUGUGCAACGCAAGAUUUUCACGGCCACCGAACCGAAACAACGGUCCUACACAAAAAUAUCAGGUUUUUCGUUGUCGUUUUUUUUUUAGUAAUAUUACUAUUAUUUUUUUAGUAUUAUACGAAUCGGUAUUUUUUUGUUCAUAGUCUGUUACAAAAAAACUUGCGGAAGUACACAUAAGUCUUGAAAAAUUCAGAAAACUUUGUAAAAUUUCUGUAGAAAGAAGUUCGCUAGCUAGAAGUCCACUAGUCACAUUUCCAAAACCUUUCCAGUUCUUUUGAGAUUCCCUUUUUUUUUACAGAUAUAUCAUGGUGAAAGAUCAAAACGUCCGUUCCGGUGAGUACGGUAAGCUAUUCUCUUUUUGGGCAAUUUCUCAAACAAAAAUAGUAAAUGUUUAGAUUUUUUAAUUUUUUCUGUUUUCGGUAGCCUCCGGUCCCUCAUGUAGCUUCGACGAUCCAAACAGUUGUUUCAGAUUUGGAGAAACGAGUGAAUAAUGACGUGGAACUGGCUAGAUCCGUCUAUGAUGUUUCAGCUUUUGUCCAUGAUGUAAAUUUGUUUCCAAUUUGAUCCGGAAAGUACCUUUUUCGAAACAUUGUUGAGUCUACGAGUACUUAUAACGGAUGAGAAAAUUUUUUUUAAAGUCCGGUCAGAUAAAGAUUUCCAGAAAGUUUCCAAAACAAAAGUUACGAUUGAAAUUUUCUUUGCAGCUGUUUCCUUACAAAUCUGCUUCUGCCGCGCAAAAAGACGCCAUACACCAAACGGAUAAUUUUCUUGCGGAGAGUCCUACUAAUAUUUACGGUCCAGGUGUCAGUAUUUCGUGAUUUCCAGUACACAUAUACCUUUUUUGCAGGAAACUUUUCCCUCGUCGUCGACUUCUCCAACUAUCAUUUUCCUCCUCUCGUGUUCACUCGAAAAACGGAUCACCGUUUCCUUAGACCAGUUUUUAUAGGUGAGAUUUGUCAAAAAAUGCUUUUUUUGGAGACCUUUUCCUAGAAAGACGAGAGAAUUCGGAUUUGUGAAUAUUUGUCCUUUUUUGAUGAGGAGAACAUUUUCUAAAAAAGUUUUUCUGUCACCCUUUUCCCAUCAUUUUCCCCGAAAAAAGCGUUGCUAAAAGAAAUGAAUUGCAGACGCGUGUUUGGUUUCUUACAUAUCGAGCGACGAAGCUUUCCAACUUCCGACUUCUGCUUUCAAAGGUUCUUACGUUCCUUACAACCCUCGACAGGUUAUUUUCAUCCUUUGAAAGGACACUUCUCAUCAUAUUAAUUUUUUCAGAUAAUCGAAAUGAAGCCAAUCGUUUCGCUUCUUAUCAGUUUCAUUGCUCGAGGCCACAAGGUUUGAUUUUGAAGCCGUCGGUCUUUGCAAAGUCAUCAAGUGUUUUUAGAACCAUUUGUUGUUUGAGCCAUAGGAACUUUUGAAGUUUUACAACCGCCUUCGGCGAAUUAGGAGUCCAAACGUGUAGUUGAUCAAGUUGAAAGAAUGGUCUUACGGCCUUUCGUUUCAACACACUGUAGUUGCGAAGCAACUUUUUUCAUGUUACACACUCUCUUUUUCUGUCAAAACGCUGCUCAACCUGUUUUUGACACGUCUUGGAAAAUGGGGUUUAAAGUCUUUAAAGUCUAAAAAAAAAUUAAAAAUUUCAAAUUUUUUUCAUCGAGAAGAAGUGUUGAUUUCAGACGACCGUAUUGUUUCCAACGCAGUACAAAGAAGGAAAGAAUAAAGCUGGUUUAUGUCUGGUACUUGUAUUUGAUUUGCAUCGAGUUGCUGGACGCCCAGUUUCAGGUGGACGAUCUCGACGUCUUCUACUAUUUGACCGAAAAUGGAUUCGUCGAGUUCAUCAAACCGAUAAUCAACGAUAGAAAGUGGUUUACGGCCAUUUGCAAAAAAACUGACGAGGCAGGACAUGUGGAAAUGAAAUAUUUCAAAUAUAAUGUCUUGCAGAUUCAUGCUGUAAUAGUUUCUUCGCCCAAGUAUGACAUAACCAAUAUUUGCAACUCUCAAACCUUCACCAUGUCAUCGAAAAGAAUUCUGACACCCUACCUUCUAGAGGGUCUCGGCGCGGAGAACUCGGAAAUAGUGAGAAAAACGAAAACAGUACAAAGUAGUAUUCACUCCAUCCAUUUAAAAAUAAACGUCGAACUUUUUGAAUUUGACGGAACGAGAAAAGUAACCCGCUCUAUCAAGCUCAUUUGUCGGUAUCAAGCUAGCACUCAAAAUCCAAGGUGGAACAACUAACAACCUUAUUUUUAAUUUAAAAAAGAGUCCCUUAAUGGUUUUAUACAUAUGAGAUUUCACAGCUUCUGAACGAUCAUCUCCAAUACAAGGACGAGGAUGGGAAAUUUAUCCAACUAGAUAAACAGAUGGUUUGUCUCAUUAUGACCCUCAGUUUUUCCAUCAAAAUUCUCUCAGAUUUACACUUAUCCACUGAGCGACGCGGAAAUCGAAGAACCCAUGAAACUGGCUCAACAACUCUACAUCGAGAAUCAGAUUAAACAGGUAGACUCUUCCUGGAGAAAGAAUAUUAACUGGGUAGUACUGAUUUCAUAGAAUGAAUCUCAUUGAAAAGAAACGAUGUUCAGCUCUGCGAACUCGGCACAUUUUACCCGCUUUCUGUGCGUGAAUCCUGGGCGAUCAAGGUCUUUUUGCGAAUCAUUCGCAAGGCUGCGCCAGGCUUCGAUCUCGGCAUUUUCGACUCCAAUAGGCUUCUCAAGCUCGCAAAAGUCGUCAACUUUUCCGAAGGUUUCUUAUUUUUAUUUCCUUGAGUCAAUCUUUUUUUUCCAGAAGGACUCGAAGACUGA